UGAAGUUGGAGCCUCCAUUUCCAUUGGUAGUAUCAAAUUCCCCAAUUAUUAUUUUUAUUACAAAAUAAGAUCAACAAACAAUUUUCUUGUCUCCCUCUUCACUCUUCUCUUCCUCCUAAUUCUUUUUUCUUUUCCGCUUUUGUGGCGGUAAAAGGAAACUCUUUUCAAGUAUAUUUGUAUGUCUGUUACCGUCCCCCGUAUUUCUCCUGCGUAUACAUUUGCAGAUAUUCCUCCGCCGCCCCGCUCUUCGGGGUUGUCUUCUUCUUUAUCCGCCAUGCUACAUUCCCCUUUUCUCUUCUGAAGGACGGAGAGAUUGUCUUUUUCCCCUUCCCCGGCUACCGUGCUGAUGUGAAUUACGAUUCGGAUAUUGGUUUUUGUUGUGAUAUAUUUGUGAAUCAUGCAUUGGUGGCAGGGUGCGUUUACAUCUACGACGAAGUCGCAUUCCGAUGACGACAGCGUCAUUAUCGGGGAUGGGGCCGACGGAGCCACCAGGUACUCCGCCAAAACCGGCUUCUUUUCUUCGCGGAGGAAUCGCCUCUACACUCGCGCCAGGAAAUUGAGGCAGGCGGAAAAUGACGUUGAUGGAUGGCGAUCGGCCAACCAUCUCCAGAAUUUGCCUGCCAGGUCGGCGUCGGCAUCGGUGUCCCCGUCCCCUUUGCCGCUGCCGCUUCCGGAGUUGCGCGUGCUGCUGCAGCGUGAUCCUAAGUUCGCCUCCUCCAGCUCCUGCAGCGUGCCCCUUCCGUCUCCAGAUGCGGUUCAGGUUCCGAGAGGAAUCGAGGAGAAGGAGAGGGAAAAGGACAGGGAAAGGGAGAUGCCGGAGGCGGUUAAUGGUGAAGCUAUUGAUGGGGGGCUCAAUGGGCCUAAGAGUAGAUCAGUCAGCCAAGAUAUGCGAACAAAUGCAGCACAUUUUGAAAAUCGACGACCUAAGAAGUCACAGCACAAACUAAAUGCUAAAGAGAAGUCCACCGAGACCCACAGUAUCAAUAUCCCUAUCAGUGCUCCUACCAGUCCUUAUUCUAGCCCGAUGCUUAGUCCCCCAAGAGCUGAUGUGUACACAACUCUUCCUGGUGUUUUCCAAAAUUGGUCUGCACCAGAGAUGCCUCAUUCAGAUGGGAAUGUAGGCCUAGGUUUCUCUUAUCAAAUUCCUUCUGAGAGAACAACAUCUAGCAUUGACAGUUCUCCUCUUCAGAGUCCAAGAGUAAGUUGUCACCUGCCAGCAUCAAGCCCUCCAGGGCCCACCUCACCAUUGAAUACCAGACUAUCCUUUGAAUCCCCAUUGCCACGGUGGGAAAGUAAUGGUCAGGCGACUGUACAUCCCUUACCUCUUCCUCCAGGGGCUGCCAUGUCCCCACAACCCGCUCCACUGUCCCCUGUUGGAUCGAAAUCUGAUUUUCCAGGAGCUUCUACGCCUUCACAAUCCAGCCCACUUUCCUCAUUUGCUGCUAAACCUGAAUUUCCAGGAGCUAGCAUCCCUUCACAGCCCUAUCCACUUUCUCCAGUUGGAAGUAAACGUAUUAAAUCCCAAUGGCAAAAAGGAAAGCUCAUUGGGAGAGGGACAUUUGGAAGUGUAUAUGUAGCUUCGAACAGAGAGACUGGAGCCUUAUGUGCCAUGAAAGAGGUUGAGAUUUUACCAGAUGAUUCAAAAUCUGCGGAGUGUAUGAGACAGUUGGAGCAGGAAAUUAAAGUUCUCAGCCAUCUAAAGCAUCCCAAUAUUGUACAGUAUUAUGGUAGUGAAAUAGUUGGAGACAAGUUCUACAUAUACCUGGAAUACGUCCAUCCAGGUUCAAUUAGUAAAUUUAUCAAUGACCACUGUGGAGCUAUUACAGAAUCUGUUGUUCGCAAUUUUACUCGUCAUAUUCUCUCUGGGUUGGCUUAUUUGCACAGCAAGAAAACCAUACACAGGGACAUAAAAGGUGCUAAUUUGCUUGUUGAUGCAUAUGGAGUUGUAAAGCUUGCUGAUUUUGGGAUGGCGAAACAUCUGAAUGGGCAAACAGCUAAUCUUUCGUUGAAGGGGAGUCCGUAUUGGAUGGCUCCAGAGCUCUUGCAGUCUGCCAUGCAAACAGAUGGUAAUUGUGAUAUUGCAUUAGCAGUUGAUAUAUGGAGUUUGGGCUGUACUAUAAUUGAAAUGAUGAAUGGAAAACCUCCUUGGAGUGAAUAUGAAGGGGCUGCAGCAUUAUUCAAGGUUCUAAAGGAGACUCCACCAAUUCCUGAAACACUUUCAGCAGAAGGUAAGGAUUUUCUACAAUGCUGCUUCCGCAGAAAUCCAGCUGAUAGACCAACAGCCAGUAAGUUACUAGAUCAUCCAUUCAUGAGCCACUCGCACCAGUCUGAUGCUCCGCAGUCUUUUAAAGAGACGAGAUUGACGGACAAUAUACAAUUCCUAAGUGAGCGGCCAAGAUACAAGCUAGAUCAACUGCCUGAGCCAUUCGACACACAGAUCAAGAAGGGGAAACUGAGUAACAACUUCAUGCAUGGUUCUUUUCUUCCAGUAGGAGUAGCCAAGGAAGUCGUCUUCAAACACUCCAUUUAGCAGCAUCCGUCCUCCCUUCUCCUAGGUCAAUUCUCGAGGCUCUUCCUCCUUUUUCCUCAUCAAGAUCAGAAUGUUAACCAGAUCAAGAGUGCCUGUAUGUAAAUCUAACACGGUGGUGACAUAUGGGAAGAGACCUCAACUGGCAACUGUCUCCGGCCUCCCUAUGUGCUGUUUUCAUUUUGUUGCAGCUAAGGGAUCGUUGAGGCCAAUAGUUUUGGCUCGACAUAUCGAGAAAGUUGGAUCCUGGGAAAUUUUGGGUGGAGUAGGGGUCUGUAGCAGUAGGCUUUUGCUUUGCAUACCAUGCAGAAAAUAGAGCUGCAAAUCAUGGGUCUGAAUCCUGAGUUAGGGAAAUAUAUGCAAACAAGUGUAGUUUUUAUGUGUUUUGGGUGUAACUCCUUCAGAGGGAAGCUAUAUGAAAAUCAAGUUAAUCCAUAGGAAUUGAAAUGGCUCAAGUUACAAUUGUGUCUGGUGGAGUUAGGACUGUAAUUAAACAAUGUUGUAGGAUUUACUGUUUGUAUUCUUGUAGAUAGUCCAACUGUAAACAAACAAUCUUGUAUACAUUCUAAAAUUCUGUGAAUUCAAAAACACACUUAUAAUGCUUUCACU